AUGUCUUCCACAGCUCUCCCCAAGCGCGUUGCGCUGCACCGCAAUGCUACGGAUUCCUCCGUCCCCAGCUCCGUCACCCCCUCUCCUUUGGACAGCCCUCGCCAGUCGCCCUCUUCCACCUCUCUGUCGUCGUUGGCGUCUGAGGCUGAGGAGAAUAGCAAGAUGCUGGACACCUAUGGCAACGAAUUCCAGAUCCCGGACUACACCAUCAAGCAGAUCCGUGAUGCCAUCCCCGCUCACUGCUAUGAGCGGAAAGCCCUCACCAGCUUGUGGUACGUGUUCCGGGACGUCUUCUGGCUCGCCACCAUCUUCUAUGUCUUCCACAACUACGUGACUCCCGAGACCGUUCCUUAUAAGCCCGCGAGAGUCGUGCUGUGGGCUCUCUACACCGUUCUGCAGGGAUUGUUCGGUACCGGUGUCUGGGUCUUGGCUCACGAGUGCGGCCACCAGGCCUUCUCUCCCUCCAAGGUUCUGAACGACACUGUUGGCUGGAUCUGCCACUCUGCUCUCCUGGUGCCCUACUUCUCCUGGAAGAUCUCGCACGGAAAGCACCACAAGGCUACCGGCAACAUCGCCCGUGACAUGGUGUUCGUCCCCAAGACCCGGGAUCAGUACGCCUCUCGCGUCGGCAAGGCUGUCCACGAGCUGAACGAGUUGAUGGAGGAGACUCCCAUUGCCACUGCCCUCAACUUGAUCCUCCAGCAGCUGUUCGGUUGGCCCAUGUACCUGUUCACCAACGUCACCGGCCACAACAACCAUGAGCGUCAGCCCGAAGGCCGUGGAAAGGGCAAGCAGAACGGCUACUUUGGCGGCGUCAACCACUUCAACCCGUCUAGCCCCCUGUACGAGGCCAAGGAUGCUAAGCUCAUCGCCCUGAGCGACCUGGGUCUUGCCAUUGUCGGAAGCAUUCUGUACCUGAUCGGCUCCAAGUACGGCUGGAUGAACCUUCUGGUCUGGUACGGUAUCCCCUAUCUCUGGGUGAACCACUGGCUUGUCGCUAUCACCUACCUCCAGCACACCGACCCCACCCUGCCCCACUACCAGCCUGAAGUCUGGAACUUCGCCCGUGGUGCCGCUGCCACCAUCGACCGUGAUUUCGGCUUCGUUGGUCGUCACAUUCUCCACGGAAUCAUUGAGACUCACGUUCUGCACCACUAUGUCAGCACCAUUCCCUUCUACCACGCUGAUGAGGCGAGCGAGGCCAUCAAGAAGGUCAUGGGCUCCCACUACCGCACCGAGGCCCACACCGGUUGGACCGGAUUCUUCAAGGCUCUCUGGACCAGCGCCCGUGUGUGCCACUGGGUUGAGCCCACUGAGGGCGCCAAGGGCGAAAGCUCCGGAGUGCUUUUCUACCGUAACACCAACGGCAUCGGAGUUCCCCCUGCCAAGCUUGCGAAAUAG